AGCUCCCAAUACAAGCCAGAACACGGCACCCAGCUAGUGAGCCGCGGAAACUCUACGGACUUUGCGGUGCUGUGCGCUAGCCAGACAACCAGCUCGCUCCCUCCCGGGAUUCCCUCGCGUGACCACAGCCGGGCGCACCCGAGCCCACGCCCUCCUCCAUCUCCCCCGCCCCCGCGCUCCCCGCCCCUGCCUCUCGUCUACCUCCCUCGGUCCUUCCCAGGACAGCGGCGGAGCCGACUAAGGUAGGAAGCCGAGCUAACCCAGCCUGCCGCCUGCCUUCUGACCCCCGCCCAGGCGCAUCUUCUCCAGAGCCGCCCCCGCCACAGCCGCACAGGUCCCAUGAAGAAGCACCAAACAUGAAUGUGAAAAAAUACCUGGUGAAAUGCUUGCACCGCCUGCAGAAAGGGCCGGGCUACACCUACAAGGAGCUUCUGGUCUGGUACUGUGACAACACCAACACCCAUGGACCCAAGCGCAUCAUCCGCGAGGGGCCCAAGAAGCAGGUCAUGUGGUUUAUCCUCACCCUGCUGUUUGCCUCCCUGGUCUUCUGGCAAUGGGGCGUCUUAAUCCAGACUUACCUCAGCUGGGAGGUCAGCGUGACCCUCUCCAUCGGCUUCAAAACCAUGGAAUUCCCAGCGGUCACGAUCUGCAACGCCAGCCCCUUCCGGUAUUCUAAGGUAAAGCAUCUUCUGAAGGAGCUGGAUGACCUGAUGGAGGCCGCUCUAAAGACUAUUCUAACACUCGAGUCUGGUCCUGAUAAUGUUAAUUACACAGAAGGCCUGAACAUGACCAUAUGGAACCACACACCCCUGGUCGUAAUCGAUAACCGAGACCCCUACCACUCUGCUAUCGUGGACCUUUUUACCUUUGGCCGUAAUAUUUCCGAAGCAAGCUCCCCAUCUCCACAGGGGACCUGCAAUGCCCAGAAGUGCAAAAUCGCCAUGAGGCUGUGCAGUCAAAAUGGCAAAGUGUGCACCUAUUGGAACUUCACCAGUGCUGCCCAGGCAAUGAAAGAAUGGUAUGUCCUACAGUCCACCAGCAUCCUCUCUCAGGUUCCCCUGGAAGAGAGGAUUCAGAUGGGCUACUCAGCAAACCAGAUGAUCCUGGCCUGCCUAUUUGGGGCAGAACCCUGCAAUCACAGGAACUUCACUGCAAUAUUUCAUCCUGACUAUGGCAACUGCUAUGUCUUCAACUGGGGCAUGAAUGAAAAAGCCCUACUCUCCUCCAACCCUGGAACCGAGUUCGGCCUGAAAUUAAUCUUGGACAUUGACCAGAAGGAUUAUGUCCACUACCUCACCUCCACAGCUGGGGUAAGACUGAUGCUCCAUGAGCAAAAGUCCUACCCUUUCCUCAAAGAUACGGGUAUCUACGCCAUGCCUGGAACGGAGACCUCCAUUGGCGUGCUGGUGGAUAAACUAGAGCGGAUGGGUGAGCCCUAUAGCCAUUGCACCAUCAAUGGAUCCGAUGUUCAGAUCCCCAACCUCUACAGUGAGUUUAACACAUCCUACUCAAUACAGGCCUGCCUUCGAUCCUGCUUCCAAGAACACAUGAUUCAGAGCUGCAACUGUGGUCACUACCUAUAUCCCCUUCCUGAAGGGGAGAAAUACUGCAACUACCAAGACUUUCCUGACUGGGCAUACUGUUACUCGGCCCUCCGCAUGAGUGUGCUCCAGAGAGAAAACUGCAUCAGCCUGUGUAAGGAGUCCUGCAAUGAUACUCAGUACAAGAUGACUAUCUCCAUGGCUGACUGGCCAUCUGAGGCCUCUGAGGACUGGAUUUUCCAUGUGUUGUCUUACGAACGUGACAAAACCACCAACCUAACCAUAGACAGGAAAGGAAUUGUCAAGCUCAAUAUUUACUUCCAAGAAUUCAACUUCCGGACAUUCGCUGAGUCAGCAGCAAACGAUGUGGUAUGGUUACUCUCCAAUCUGGGUGGCCAGUUUGGGUUCUGGAUGGGCGGCUCAGUACUGUGCAUCAUUGAGUUUGGAGAGAUCAUCAUCGACUGUAUAUGGAUUACCAUCAUCAAGCUGGUGGCCUGGGCCAAGGGCCUGAAGCAGCGGCGGGCCCACGCCCGCUAUGAGGGCCCACCACCCACAGUGGCAGAGCUAGUGGAGGCACACACCAACUUUGGCUUCCAGCAUGACACCGAAAAUAACACCAACUCUCCUCAUGUACCCGAGGACUACUCAGAUGAGAAGAACCUGCCCAUCCCAGGCACCCCACCUCCCAACUAUGAUUCCUUGCACCUACAGCCCUUCGACAUCAUUGAGUCAGAUAAUGAAGGGGAUGCCAUCUAACCUCUUGGCUUCAUCUUGCAAUAUCCUUUGGAUAGUGGGUGAGGCCACAGUGAUGGAAAAAGAAGAAAACAACUUCAAAUGUUCCAUUUGGCACUUUUUCACUCUGCCUACAGUCUUCACUCUGGCCAGACAGAAGACCAGGCCCAUGCUCAUUCCCUGAAUGUCUUUACCCUGCUGCAGAGCCUGGAAUUCACCAGCUCCCUAUUCAUUCACUGCUUUCUUCCUUUGUUACAUUUCCCUGGUACCCCAACUAGGCUGAAAUCCAUACUGAUCUGGGGGAAUGUGAGUGAGCGAUCAUUUUAUAGGAGCCUGUUGACCUCUAGAGGAAUAGCACUUGGCUCUGAAGAGUCAAGGAACUGAUGGGAUUAUAGAUUUAAAACCAGAAGCAUCCUUAAAGGCCAUCUAGUCCAAGCAUCUCAUUUUACAGAUGAGGAAACCAAGACUUAGGGAAGUUAAGUAAUGCCCAAAGCCAUAAAAGUAGCAAAUGGCUUGGCUAGAAUUUGGAGCUGGGUCCUCCUGACUCCUAAUCCAUUGUUCUUUCUAUGACAUCAUUACAGUCAGACUUCUGACCCUGACAUUUCAUGCGAGCUCAGCUCCGGGGAAGAGCAAAUUAAUGUAGACCCGAAUCCCAUGCUUUGGUAUAACCUCAGUGUCCUGCCCGGUCAAACAGCCCUGGCCAGUGAGCCAUCCUGUUAUAAGAGAGUCAUCCCUGUAUCAGAAGUACCCAGGCCAGGACCUAGAGGGCCCUGUGGGAGGAAGCUCAUUCAUUCUCUGUUCUCUGAAGCCCUUUUCUACCUGCCAGGCUGUUGUGUACCCCUAAUAGGAGGCAGGACCUCUGUUCCUAUUCAGUAACUGAAAGGAGAAGCUAGUUGAGUUAUCCCUUCACCUUCUGUGUGCUCCUCAUUUGAGCACCUCUACCCAGGUUCCCAGAACCAGUUUUCUCUCCCACAUCCAGUCACUUAUCAGUCUAGAGUCUGGAUAAAGAGAGAUCAGUGGACUGUAUUGUGACAACUUGCUUAUUCAGAAUAAAAAAGUGAUAAUUUUUUUUUUCUGUUUCUAAAGUGACUGGCAGCUAUGCGUUGGCUUAGCUUGGAGAACUUGGGGUGUGUGAAAACACAGGACUUGCAAGAACAGCUGAGUUUGUGCUUAGCAGAGCUGAGGACAUCUCUUCAGUUCUGUAUCUGUUUCUCUUUAUCUCGCUCACUCUACCAAGGCAGCUUAGCAGCUACUCUGCAGUUUAGAAUCUUAGAGUCGCCUGGGGCAAUGGGAAGGUUGGGUGACAUCAGGGGUAGUAGGGUCAUUAGCAGGACUCGAACCCAGGUCUAUCAGAAAUUAAAGCUAACUUGUUUUUUGUGGAGACAAUUGGAGUUAAGCGACUUGCACAGGGUCACACAGCUAGCAAGUGUCUGAGGUUACUUUGAACUCAGGUCCUCCUAACUCCAAGGCCAGUGCUGUAUCCGUUGAGCCACCUGGCUACCCCAUUAAAGCUAACUUUCAAUCUA